AUGCGAGCCGAGAUGACUUUCGAAACCUGGAUCGCGGCACCGAUUGGCCGUCAAACCGCCGCCGACAGCCAAUGGGCGCUCGUCAAACGCGAUGACUCUGCGGUUUCAGCGCGGCCGCCGCGGAAAAUAAAAGGGGAAAAGGCGGGAGAGGGAAAAAGAACGGCUUCCGUUAAAGUAGCGUCCGUCUUUGUGGGCCGA